AUGUUACCACCUCAAGUAUGGCGUGCUAUGCGAUGGCAACCUGUAAUAAACACCGAUUACGAUGGCGCAGUCCUUGUCGGUGGUUUGGAAAACGAACUUCGACAUUUUGGCGACCCGGAUGAAGAACAUGAUUUUUGGGGAGAUCCACCUCCUGCAAAGCCUUGUCCUUAUACACAUGAAGGCGCAAGAGCUAUUGCGGCGGCUAAGAAGAAAAGAAAACAGCAACAGUUGAGAGUAGCUCGCGAAGCUUCAAUAAUAGGCAUCUCACAAUAUGAAGGCAAUGCGAGCGACGAGGAUUUUGACGAGGCUAUCGUGGAAAAUGAGGAAGAGCAAGAGGAAGAGGACGGCUGUACGAUCGAAGGAAAUGUGGAGCCACUUGAAUUUCAUGAUGAAUGGUUUGGAGGGGAUAUGCCAGAAGAUUACGACGAACAUGAAGUAGGACUUGAAGAUUGUUCACAAUGUGGAGGACAGUCAAAAGGACAAAUCGACGACGACAAUGAAGAGGCUGAUGACUGCGGGCGGAAUGCCGAGGAAAUAAUAACAGGUCCGAUCAAAGACAUAGAUAUUCCCAUAGACGAAGAUAUCUACGCCAGCGAUCUCGACCUCACGCAAAGUUUCAUCUUCAUGUUCGAUGAGGAGCUUGAAACUAAAGGCGAUGCUAAGGAAAUGAAAAACAAAAUUCCAUCAACUAAAUCCUCCAAGGACCAUUGUCUGUGCCAAUGCGGCGACUCUGCCUUUGUCGAAAUCGACAAUAAAAACAAAAUCAAUGGCUUAAAUGGAAUGGAAAAGACCCCAUGUCCGGCCCGGGCUGUUAUUGCAGCCCAGCCUGGAAUUUGGCGAGCAAUGACUGCUUGCAGACCAUUUGAACGAGCACGCCGUCCGCAUAUUGUCAGACCAGGAAGUUGGCAGGCAGUAUAA